AUGCUUUUGACGCGCCUCAAAAGUAGUCUCUUUGGACUCUUUGGUCCCUUCCUCUUGCUCCUCCCUGUCGGGUUCUUUGUCGCAAUGCUGCAUCACAUCUAUGCGGUUUUCUGUUUCGUAGAUGGCUGCCAAAGGAAGAGAAGAGGAGGAGGAGGAGGAGGAGGAGGAGGAGGAGGAGGAGGAGGAGGAGGAGGAGGAGGAGGAGGAGGAGGAGGAGGAGGAGGAGGAGGAGGAGGAGGAGGAGACAUGGCAGAUGAAAUGAAGGCGGGGGAGAGAGGUGGAAAACGAUAG